AUGUACUUUGUAGUAAAUAGUAUUGGGGACGAGAAAAAGGUUGCCGCUUUAUUAACUCUGUUGGGAGAGAAGACGUAUGCAUUGUUGAGAAACUUAACGUCACCCCAAAAGCCAGCAGAAAAGACGUACCAGGAACUUUGUCAAUUAUUGAAGACACAGUUAUGUCCCAAACCUCUGGUGAUUGCGGAACGAUUCCGUUUUCAUAAACGUAAUCAGGCGACAGGCGAACCUAUUUGUGAUUUCACAGCCGCUAUAAGGAGAUUAGCAGAACAUUGUGAAUUCAAUGAUAAUCUCGAAAACACAUUACGUGAUAGGUUUGUUUGUGGGUUGAAGAAUGAAGCGACACAACGUAAGCUAUUGUCAACGGCUGACUUAAGCUUGAAAAAAGCAAUUGAAAUCGCCACUGCGAUGGAAACAGCUUGCAAAGACGCAGCUGAAUUACAUUAUACGGCAUCAGGAAGUUCAAAUGUAAACAAAAUAGGAAAGAAGCCACCGAGUAAACGACAAUACCGUAAAGACGCGACAUUGAAGCCACAACAAAAAGGGAAAUAUUCCAAUACACGGUGCAUACAUUGUGGUAAAUCAAACCACCAGUCUGACAAGUGUAGACUAAAGAAUGCAAUUUGCCAUAGUUGCAGUGAAAAGGGACACAUUAAGACUGUCUGUCCAAACCCCAGAAAUGUGAACGUAAUUGACGAAACGAAAAAUGACAGUGUGUAUGUCAUAAACAAAGUGACCAGCGAAAGAACAUCGAGAAUUCUUCUAUAUCCGGUCAUCAAUGAAAAACAUGUUGAAAUGGAACUAGACACUGGGUCUGCAGUUACCAUUAUUUCAGAACAAAACAUAAAACAAUUGUUUGGAAAUAUCAAACUGGACAAACCCUACUGUAAGCUACAAUCAUAUUCUGGGGAAACAAUACAGCAAGUUGGAUCUGCUAACGAGCGUGUUGACUACAACAACCAAACAAAGGAUUUAAGACUUUGUGUAGUUAAAGGCAACAAACCAUCCUUAUUUGGGAGAGACUGGUUGAGUGAGAUAAAUGUUGACUGGAUUAGCGUCAUGCGCGUCAAUAACAUUGAAUCGCAAAAAGAUCGUUUUGCGAAUAUGAUGAAUAAAUAUGAUUCUGUAUUCAGCGACGGUAUUGGUCACGCUAAAGGCUUCAAGGCAAAAUUAACGCUGAAAGACGAUGCCACACCCAAGUUCAUGAAGGCAAGGUCGGUUCCGUUUUCAAUGAAACCAAAAAUCGAGAAAAAACUUGACAACCUUGAAAGACAAGGGAUAAUAACGAAAGUAAAUACAAGCGAAUGGGCUACACCAAUCGUACCUGUUUUUAAAUCAACGGGAGAUGUCAGGAUUUGCGGAGAUUUCAAGGUCACGGUCAACCAGGCGCUGAAGGUUGACAAGUAUCCACUUCCACGUGUUGAUGACAUUUUCGCUAAUCUGUCACAGGGACAGAAAUUCACGAAACUGGAUUUACGCCAGGCGUACCUACACUUGGAGGUCGACGACGACAGCAAGGAGUUACUGACAAUCAAUACACAUCGGGGACUAUACCGCUAUAACCGGUCUGUAUAUGGAAUUGCCUCACUUCCAGCGAUAUGGCAGCGCACAAUGGACACAAUACUUCAGGGAAUUCCGGGAGUACAGUGUAUACUGGAUGACAUGAUUGUCACAGGGGACAGUGAUCAAUCGCACUACGAAAAACUGGGAACGAAUACACGUCGAUUUUGCUGGCCCAUUUUUAGGACGAAUGUUUAUGGUAAUUGUCGAUGCACAUAG